AUGGAAGUAAAUGGAUUGGUAACCAUUCCCAGCCCAUGGGAUCGCAUUAACAUACUUUCCAAGCUUACAUUCAGUUGGGUGUGGAGUCUAUUCAUUCGGGCGCACAAAAAGGACCUUGAGUUCAGUGACCUCUACCGGUGCCCAGAAUCAGAUGAGACACAUCGGAUCCGACAUACGCUUGAAAUCAAUUGGGAUAAACAAUUAAAUAUUAAAGGAAAGCCAUCACUAUUUUGGGCACUAUUCGCAUCGUUCGGACCCGAACUCAUUGUCCUCUAUAUACCCGACGCAAUCAAAGCAGCCGUGGGUAUUGUGAUGGCGGCCAUUGGAAACAUGUUGAUUCUACAGUUGAACUUAGUGUCGUGCAGCCGAGUUGGGGCCAGAAUUCGGGCCGCCUGUUGUGCCCUAAUCUACCGCAAAGUUUGUCCCCAUACGAGUGUAUGCUUUUGCGGCGCUUGUGUUAUACUUAUUGUGGUCGCACUUGCGGUGGGCGUGUUUGACGGGAAUGGGAAUACUUGUGCUGUUUAUACCAUUUCAAGUACUAAUGGGUCGUAUGUUUCGGAGUAUACGUCAAAAGACGGCCGAAUUAACCGACAGUCGAAUCCGUUUAAUGCAAGAGAUUAUCGCUCGGGAAUGGGAAUACUUGUGCUGUUUAUACCAUUUCAAGUACUAAUGGGUCGUAUGUUUCGGAGUAUACGUCAAAAGACGGCCGAAUUAACCGACAGUCGAAUCCGUUUAAUGCAAGAGAUUAUCGCCGGAAUGCGUAUCAUAAAGAUGUACGCCUGGGAACAGCCCUUCGCACUAUUGGUCGCAAACACUCGCAAGUAA